AUGUCCACGUCUCAACAAGAACAACAACAAGAACAAGAUGAGGUAGUCCAACAACAAGAAGAAGAACAACUGAAACAACUGGUUCCAGAAUCAGUAGAUUCAUUAUUUUUUACAACCAAUACUCCAUCAAGCUCAUCUUCAACUGAUUCAUCAACAUCUUCAUCCCCAUUACAUAAUCCAACGACAAAUGAAAGUAUACGUAAAUUAAUAGCUGCUAAUUUUGCUUCUCAACAUCCUCCAAUACCUUCUUCACUGUCUCCAUUACAUAAUCAACUUGCUACUCAUCAUAGUCAUCACUCCCAUAGUCAUCUUUCAAAUAAUGACCAACCGGAUACACCACCUAAUAAUACUACUUCUCCAGCCACCACCACCCACAGUCAUAAGAAAUCACAUUCAAUUAGUAUUGCUGUCUUAGCCCAUUCUAAAACAACAUCACCCGCUAAAAAAGUAUCAUUUUCAAAUCUUCAUUCCGAUAAUUCAUCACAAGUGUUUACUUCAAGUAGUAGUACAGAAACUUCAGAAAAUUCAUCUGAUAAUGAUAAUGAAGAUGAAGAUGAAGAAACUCAAGCAAAUACAAUCCAUAAUCAAACUUUAAAAGCACCUUUUAGAAGAGCUAAUUUCACUACGAGUGUAACUCCUUCACCAGCAAGUUUAUCUCCAACAGUCAGUUAUUCAGGUGUAAUUGGAUCAAGUAAUUUAAAGAAUAGUUGUAACAAUAGAAGCAAAUCAAAAUUAAAUAAAUUUAGUUCAUAUGGAGGUGAAAGAUUAUCAAUUAGUAAAAGUUUGGAUUCUCAAUUAUUAGAACAAGUUGAUUCAAAUAGUAGUGUUAAUAGUUUGAUGUUACCGGAAUUCAAUAAACGUCCAUUGACUGAUACCCCAAUUGUAUCAUCAAUGGGUUCACCUAUAACCAGAUAUCAAUCAAGUGAAGAAGAUUAUGAAAGUGAAAAAAAUCAAACAACUACUACAACCACCAUUGCCGAAGAAGAAGAACAUCAUGCUCAUCAUCCAUUAAAGAAAACAAGAAAUAUAUCUGAUUUGAAUUUAAGUGAUAUGGCAAAACGACUUGAAAUGACGCCACUUUCACCACCACGUGCAACUGAACCUGUUUCGGUUGAACCAUCAGCUCCAGGAAUGGUAAACACCGCCAGCACAUUCCUCAAGCAUCCCGAUUUAUCCCAACCAAGAAUCUACCCAAUUUCAAAAUCUGAUUCAAUAAGUCCAAUGACAUCAACCCCUAAUCUUGAUCAACAACAAGUUAAAAAAUCAUCCGGACAACAGAUCACCAUGAAACCAGAAAUCAAGAAAUCAUUACUUAAAGAUGUUCCUGAUGAUAUUAAAGAACAAUUUGAGAAAACUCCAAGUAUAGAAAAAUUAAAGAAUUUAUUAAUGACAAAACCACCCCCAUCAGCCAGAAAAGCAUACACCCUCAAUAUCCCAGGACAAACAUCUUCCAAAAUCUCACCUGAUGGGAAAAUCGCUCGAGUUGAUGUAGGGUCAAAAUUGGUGAUUGUAAUGGUUGGUCUUCCCGCUCGAGGGAAAUCAUAUAUCACUAAUAAAUUAACUAGAUAUUUAAAUUGGUUACAACAUGAUUGUCGAGUAUUUAAUGUCGGAAACACGAGAAGAAAAGAUAAACAACACAAUGUUGGGCCGGAAAAGAAACCACUUCCUGAUCAUACACCCACUGGUGCCCGUUCUCCGAAUCCCGAACACCAUGAGGAGGAGACAGAACAUGGAGAAGAACACGAUGCGGCAUUUUUCUCGCCGGAUAAUAAAGCAAACACCGCCAUUCGUGAAAAAUGGGCCAUGGACACAUUGGACCAAUUAUUGGAUUAUAUAAUUGAUGGACCCGGGAGUGUGGGGAUAUUCGAUGCCACCAAUUCUACGAAAUCUCGAAGAAGAAGAGUAUUGAAUCGGAUUAAUGAACGGUCUGGGGGAGAAUUGAAAGUAUUGUUUUUGGAAAGUAUUUGUAAUGAUCCAAAUAUUUUAGAAUCAAAUAUUCGAUUAAAAUUACUGGGACCUGAUUAUAAAGAAAUGGAUCCAGCUGUUGCAUUGGCUGAUUUCGUCGGGAGAUUACAUAAUUAUGAAAAAGCCUAUGAAACUAUUGAUGAUGCUGAAGAAAAAUCAAUGGGACCCGGUUUCCAAUAUGUGAAGAUUAUUGAUGUGGGGAAGAAGAUUGUUAGUUAUAAUAUUAAAGGGUUUUUAAGUUCUCAAACUGUUUAUUUCUUAUUGAAUUUCAAUUUAUGUGAGAGACAGAUUUGGAUAACAAGACAUGGAGAAUCUAAGGAUAAUGUAAGUGGUAGAAUUGGGGGUGAUUCUCAUUUAACCAAACGUGGUAUUAAAUUCUCGAAAACAUUAGCUCGAUUUAUGAAUUUCCAGAGACAAGAAUUCCGGAAGAUGCAAUUGGAAAGAUUUUCAUCUCGAUUAGAACUUAAAUACAAUUCCAUCUUCAACGAAGAUGAUGUCGCCACCUUGGAUAAUAUCCCCACAGAACCGAAUUUCUGCGUAUGGACGUCCAUGUUGAUUAGAUCCAUCGAAACGGGACAAUAUUUCAACGAUCAACUCUAUUCCGUCAAACAAAUGAGAAUGUUGAAUGAAUUAGGUGGAGGGAAAUAUGAAGGUAUGACAUAUGACGAAAUCCAACAACAACACCCCAAAGAAUUCGAAGCAAGAAUAAGAGAUAAAUUAACCUAUCGAUAUCCUGGAAUUGGUGGAGAAUCAUAUCUCGAUGUUCUUAAUCGUGUUAGACCCGUCAUAACUGAAAUAGAAAGAACUACUGAUCAUUUAUUAAUCAUUAGUCAUCGAGUAGUAUUAAGAAUCUUAUUAGCAUAUUUUUUAAAUUUGGAUAAGAGUUCAAUUGGAGAAUUGGAUGUUCCUUUACAUACUUUAUAUUGUUUGGAACUGAAACCUUAUGGAACUGAUUAUACCAUGUAUGAAUAUGAUGAACAUUUAGAUUGGUUCGUUAAGGCCGAGCCAGAACAUCAGAAGAAUGUACAAGAAGUGGGGAUUCAAUUUAGACAGAGGAAAUAUUCGGUUGUUCCAACUGCUCCACCAUCAUUUUCUUCCAGGAGGGGGAAAUUGAUUAAGAAAGGUGGACCUGGGGCUGCGAUAACACCGGGUGGGGUUGGAUUUGGGAUAGAUAGAUUGCCGACGGGUCUGACAAGGGAUGGGGAUGAUAAAUCAAUUACCAAGAAGAAUUUACAGGAUUUGAGAAGGUUGAGAAAACCAGCUGCUGCUAGAUAA